AUGUUCUUCUCAGAACCCACACACCUCGCCAAAGCGGCGGAGUUGAAGAAGGCCCCUCCCAAGGGAAAGCCAUACUCGGUGGCGAUCCCCGGUACGGAGCAGCCUGGUCGCAGUCCGAUUUACCGAGCGUGGAAUUCGCAAAAGGAGCUGCUGACUACUUUGGAUCCCGAGAUUCUCACGGCACAUGACAUCUUCGAAUCCACGGCCAACCGCCUGCCCAAGAAUCACUGUCUUGGCUGGCGCCCGUUCAACUCAGCCACCAAAUCAUGGGAUGAUUACAAAUGGCUCACCUAUGAGGAAGUGCAAAAACGCCGUGCGGAUUUCGGUGCGGGUCUCGUGGAGCUGCACAACAAGCAUGGCUGCCACCGUUCGGGCCAGUAUGGAAUUGGUCUGUGGUGUCAGAAUCGCCCCGAGUGGCAGAUUACCGGGCCUUUACUCUGUCUCCAUCUACGACGUGCUCGCUCCCGAUGCUACCGAGUACAUCAUCAACCACGCCGAGCUGAGCGUGUCGUGACCUCUCUCCCCCAUAUUCCUACCCUCCUCAAGCUCAAGAAUGUUCUGCCCAACCUCAAGAUGAUUGUGAGUCUUGAUCCUCUUGACGCGGGCGAGCAGAACGGCUACUCCAAGCGCGCCAUUUUGGAGUCAAUGGCCGCCGGCCACGAUCUCUCGAUCUAUUCCAUUGAUCAGGUUGAGGCUCUGGGAGAGGCCAGCAAGCGUGGGUACAACCCCCCGAGCCCCUCGGACAUUGUCACCAUCAACUACACCUCCGGUACCACUGGACCUCCCAAGGGAGUCGUGUUGACCCACAAGAGCGCCGUCGCUGCCACCUCGGCCGGUCUGAUCACCUGUGCUCAGACGAAGAACGACACCAUGGUCUCGUAUCUGCCUCUCGCCCACAUCUACGCGCGUCUUUCCGAGCACUGUGCUUUCUGGGGUGGAGCUCGUAUCGGUUACUUCCACGGUAACAUUGUCGAGCUGGUGGAUGAUCUGAAGAAGCUCAAGCCCACUGCCUUCAUGUCCGUCCCUCGUCUGUACAGCCGUUUCGGCAGUGCCAUCCGAUCGGCCACCGUCGAGGCGCCCGGCUUCAAGGGCACUAUGUCUCGUCACAUCGUGGCUACCAAGACCGCCAACAUGAAGAACCCAGACCCCUCCAAGGCGACCAUCAAGCAUGCGCUGUACGAUCGCAUUUGGGCCAAGAAGGUUGCCUCGGCCAUUGGCCUGGAGCGUGCCCGCUACAUGGUGUCUGGCUCUGCUCCCCUGGAUCCCACUCUCCACAACUUCCUGCGUGUCGCCACCGGUACCGACAUUGUGCAGGGUUAUGGUCUGACCGAGUCCUAUGCCUGCGCGACAGCGCAAUCCACCGAGGAUCUCUCCUCGGGCAACUGCGGAAUGAUCGCUCCCUGUACCGAGGUCUGCCUCCUCUCCCUCCCAGACAUGGAGUACUCCGUCGAAGACAAGCCCUACCCACGUGGUGAGCUGCUCCUGCGCGGUAACAACAUGUUCAAUGAGUACUUCAAGAACCCCGAGGAGACUUCCAAGGCCAUGACUGAGGAUGGUUGGUUCCGCACUGGUGACGUCUGUCAGAUCGAUGAGAUGGGCCGCAUCAUCAUCAUCGACCGACGCAAGAACGUCCUCAAGCUGGCGCAGGGAGAAUACAUUUCCCCCGAGCGUCUGGAGGGUAUCUUCAUGUCCGAGCUGGGCUACCUGGCUCAGGCUUACGUGCACGGCGACAGCAUGCAGACCUUCCUGGUUGGUAUCUUCGGUGUGGCACCGGAUUUGUUUGCCCCUUACGCCAGCAAGGUGUUGGGCCAGACCAUUGCUCCGACCGAUCUGGAGGCGCUCAAGUCUGCACUGACGGACGACAAGGUUCGCCGGGCUGUGCUGCGUGAUUUCGAUCGCGUUGCCAAGAAGCACCGUCUCGCUGGAUACGAGCGUGUGCGCAACGUCUCCUUGAAGUUGGAGCCCUUCACUGUGGAGAACAACCUUCUCACUCCUACUCUCAAGCUCAAGCGUCCUCCCGUCGUUAAGGCCUACCGUCAACUCCUGGACCAAUUGUACGAGCAAGCCCUGACCGAAGAGUCUUCUCCUCGCGCCAAGUUGUAG